AUGUAUGAAGAUGAUAAUAUAACUUCUACUCCUAAACGUUGCGCGUUGAGUGAAGUCACUAAUUCUUCGAAUUAUGUUUCUCCAACGGCUAACUUAAAACUUCUAACUAAUGUGGCUUUACAAUAUCCCACGCCGCCACCAAGUACAGUUCACCGGAAGGAAAAGUCCCUGCAGAUAUUAUGUGACAAAUUUUUAGAUCUUUUUCCACUUUAUGGAAAUGGUCCUGUAGAACUGCAACUAGAUGGCACUGCCGCUCGUUUAGGUGUAGAAAAACGGCGUAUGUAUGACAUUAUUAAUAUAUUGGAAGCUAUGCAAUGUGCAAUACACAAAAGAAAGAAUACUUAUCUUUGGCAUGGAGCGUCAAGACUACAUUCUUUUUUAAAGAUGUUAAAAAAGCAAGGAGAAAAUUUAAGACUGUCUGAAGUGCUUCGAGGAAAGGCUCCCAAGCCACCGGCCCCAAAACAUAAGACUCUAGGUGUCUUAGCUCAAAGAUUUCUCAUGCUCUUCUUGGUAGAGCCACCUAAUAGACUGAUUAAUUUAGAAAUGGCUGUAAGUGUUCUCAUAGACACAAAUUCAAAAAAUAAGUCUAUUGUAUCACCUGAACAAAUGGAUCGUCAACAUAAGUCCAAAGUGAGGAGACUCUAUGAUAUUGCUAAUGUUCUUAUUUCAAUUGGUCUCAUAGAAAAAGUUAAUGGUAAUUCAAUAUUGAAAAAGCCUGUCUUCAGAUAUGUAGGGGUUAAAAUGAAAAAACUUGAGAAGAACUUACUUACCCCAUCUCCAAUUACACCCAUCACUACCUUGCAUGGUUCUCAGCAGCUUGCUCCAUGUCAUGUGUUUGCUGGUAAGUCCAAAAGAAAGUUGGAAUUCACUACACCAACAACUAGUAUUGAAAAGCUUGGUAUAACAACACCUCCACACACCCCUUCCCAUAAAUGGGAUGAAAUUCUACUUGUUGCUGAUAUGGAAUUAAGUAGAAUCAAUAACUCAGUAACUCUGUGA